AUCAUGUCUAAUUUGGAUUUCGAAAGAAUAUAUUUGAACCAAUCCAAGGCUAACGGUCGUUUCCGUAUUGCUGAGUCUGGGUUAGGUUGGAAAGCUGCCUCCACUGGUGGUUCAGCAAAUAAAACUCAACCAUUUUUAUUGCCAUCAGAUGAAUUAUCUUCAGCUCAAUGGAGUAGAGGUUCAAGAGGUUGGGAAUUAAGAAUUCAAACCAAAAAUAAAGGUGUUGCCAAAUUAGAUGGGUUUGAUCAACAAGAUUUCAAUCAAUUGAAAAAUGAAUUGCAACGUCUUUUCAAUAUACAAUUAGACCAUAAAGAACAUUCGUUAAGAGGUUGGAAUUGGGGUAACACUGAUUUGGCUAGAAAUGAAUUAGUUUUCAAUGUUAGUGGCAAACCUGCUUUUGAAAUUUCAUAUAAUCAAAUCAAUAAUUCCAAUUUGGCUGCUAAAAAUGAAGUGGCUAUUGAUAUGAAUUUAAUUAAUGAAAAUAAUGAUACUGCAGGUGAUGAACUAGUUGAACUUCGUUUUUAUAUCCCAGGUACUGUUCCUUAUGAAGAUGAUGAUGUUGCUGAAGAAGAUAGAGAAGAGAAAACAUCUGCAGCUGCAUUUUAUGAUCAAUUGAAAGAAAAAGCUGAUAUCGGUCAAGUUGCUGGUGAAGCUUUAGCUUCAUUCACAGAUAUUUUAUUCUUAACACCUCGUGGUCGUUUUGAUAUUGAUUUAUAUCCAAGUUAUUUGAGACUGAGAGGUAAAACUUAUGAUCACAAAAUACAAUAUCGUCAAGUUGAAAGAAUAUUUUCAUUACCAAAACCUGAUGACAUCCAUCAUUUGAUGGUUAUACAUGUGAAUCCACCAUUACGUCAAGGGCAAACCCCAUAUCCAUACUUGGUGUUACAAUUUGCUAAAGAUGAAGAAUUGGAAGUUGAAAUAAAUGUAAGUGAAGAAGAAUUUAAAGAGAAAUAUGAAGGUCGUUUGAAGAAAAGAUAUGAUCAACAAACUCAUCUGGUCUUGAGUCAUGUCUUUAGAGGUUUAACAGAACGUCGUAUUAUCAUUCCUGGAAGUUUCACAUCAAAACAUGGUCAAGCUGCAGUCAGUUGUUCCUUAAAAGUUAAUGAAGGUUAUUUGUAUUUAUUAGAAAAAUGUUUCCUUUUCGUUACAAAACCAACAGUUUAUGUUCCUUAUAAUGAUGUUCAAAGUGUUUCCAUUUCAAGAGCUGGUGAUUCAUCAACUUCAAAUCGUACAUUUGAUCUAGAAGUUACACUGAGAAGUACAAGUGCUUCACAUACAUUUGCAAAUAUUUCAAAAGAUGAACAAAGCACAUUAGAAUCAUUCUUAAAAGAGAAAGGUCUUAGAGUUAAGAACGAUGAUAUUGAACAACAAGCUAGAAUCAAUGCUGUUUUAGCUAAUGAAAUGGAUUCUUCAGAUGAUGAUGUCCGUAUGGGAUCUGCUAGUGAUGAUGAAAGUCCAGAUGAAGAUUUCCAAGGUGAAUCUGAUGAUUCAGAUUCAGACCUUGCUGAAGAAUUUGAUAGUGAUGCACCAGGAAGUGACGAUGAAGCUGAAGGACCACCAUCAAAGAAACCAAAGAACUAGAUUUGUAAAGUGUGUGUUUUAAUUGUAUUUUAGAUCGAAAAGUAAUAAUCAUUUUGUAGAAUUUCUCGGAUCGCAAAUAAAUAGCAAAAAAAAAGACAUUUUCU